CAGCUCCCAAACUCCACUUCAUCUCUUGCACAGUCACUCGAUUUCCUCCAACCAGAGAGGAGAGAUCCGCCAGCCCUCAUCUCAGCUCAUUCCUAACGUGGAAAAGGGACAGGAAAGACGCCAUAUCAAUCCGACAGAUUCCAGCAAAUCAUCUCCGGAUCAUUUUUUGAUGCCGAAUGCGUGUUAAAGAGCGCGUGCAGUGCGGCACACAUCAGGCUGCUUUAUUGCCAUAGCAGCGGCGCGAGCUGCCUGUAGCUGGCACAGGAGCUUCAGCUAGCGACGGAACAAAGAAAACACACACUAAUAUAACCGUCUGCUGAGCGAACUGCUUCCUUGUUUUCUGAGGAGGAGAAGGCAAGACCCCGAAGACCAAAACUGACAUGAUGUUUCCACAAUCCAGGCACUCGGCUUCAUCGCAGCAGCUGAAGUUCACAACGUCAGACUCAUGCGACCGCAUCAAGGACGAGUUCCAGUUCCUUCAAGCACAAUACCACAGUCUGAAGCUCGAAUGUGACAAGCUGGCCAGUGAGAAGUCAGAAAUGCAACGUCAUUAUAUCAUGUACUAUGAGAUGUCCUAUGGGCUGAACAUCGAAAUGCACAAGCAGGCAGAGAUCGUGAAGAGAUUAAAUGGGAUCUGUGCUCAAGUCUUGCCUUACCUGUCUCAAGAGCACCAGCAGCAGGUUCUGGGGGCGAUAGAGAGAGCCAAACAGGUCACCCCACCAGAGAUGAACUCCAUCAUACGGCAGCUCCAGGCUCACCAGCUCUCUCAGCUGCAGGGGCUGGCGUUGCCCAUGACCCCUCUUCCUCUCGGCCUCAGCCAACCGGCCGGCCUCCCCGCUGUCACCUCCAGCUCUGGCCUCUUCUCCCUCUCCAGCAUCCUGGCCUCUCAGGCCCAGCUGGCCAAGGAGGAUAAGAGCACACGCGAGACCUCCGACAGCCACCGCGAGGAAGACGGAGACAAGUCCGACUAGUCACCCGCCAAACCUGCUCCUUCAUCCAAUCAUCAUCCAGAGCUCCAUGUAGAGCAGAGGCACUUGUUUCCCAGUUUUUUCACCUUUUUCUUUUCUUUGUUUUCCACUUUCCUUCCAUCUUUCUACCUUCCCUCUAAAUUGCUUCUGUGUUCACAUGCCUAAUGUCAUUCGUUCUGGUUUAUUCCACCAGCUCUCUGUAUGUAUUUAUACAAAUCCACCUUUUUAUUGUUACGGAAGCUUGAUUUUGAUUUUAUUUACACUAUUUCUUGCCUGCGUAUAUGUAUAUAUCUAUAUAUAUAUAUUGUAUAUUUCUUACGCUCGUUGUGGAAAUGGUCUACAAAAUGGUGCGACCGUUAAUGGACCAUCGACCCUUCAGUAAUAAUUCCUCUGUUUUUUUUUUUUCUGCUCACUCUCUUCCUUUUAAAAUCUUUCACCUUUUAAAGCCACAAUCUACAAUAACGGGAGUCAAAAGCACUUUGGCCCCAGGCAGUAAUUCUGAGACUAAAAGCAACUUUGAAUCUAAAAACGUAGCCGCGGCAUAAUCCAUUUAGAGUUUAAAGGAUUGGUGUUAUGUUCAAAGUCAUGGCUGUUGCAUCUUUCCUACCUUAAAGGGACAGUUCAAGUUAAAAUGAGGAUUUGUUUAAUUUUUAUGUCUUUCCAAACCUGUUUGACUUAUAUUCUUCUGUGGAACACAAAAGGAGCUAUUUUGUAGAAGGUUUGUGCUGUUCCUUUCUGUACAAUAAAAGUGAAUGGUGACAACAGGCAGCAGGGAACAUUUAUAGUAAAGAACUUACAUUUCUCACACAAACUUCUUCUGAACACUUGGAAUAUAGCACGAGUCAUAUGGACCAGUUUAGUUUAACAAAAAAAAAAUAAGAUAUUCAAGUAUGAUUCAAGUAUUAUAUUCCAAAUGUUCUGAAUCAAUUUUUUGUGAGAAACAGACAUUAAAACCGAAAUUUCAGUCGUUAAAGUCAAAAAUUUAAGUCAUUUCACUUUAAAUUUUUGCUUGAUAGCUGUGCUCACCAUUCACUUUAACUGUAUGGAAUAAAAGAGAGGAAGUUGAAGGUCAAGGUUUUGUAAAUGAUCUUCAUGUCAGUCCUAAACUGUUUGACUGUUUCUUCUGUGGAAUUCAAAAGAUGUUGUUUUGAAGAAUGUUUGCGCUGCUCAUUUCCAUACAAUAAAAGUAAAUGGGGACCCAAGCAGUCAAGAACAAAAAUCAUUAGAAAAGUAUCACAAAACUAAUCCAUUUGACUCGUGUACUAUAUUCCAGGUGUUUUGAAGCUUUUUGAGUGAGAAACUUAAGAAAUUAAAGAUAUUAUCUUCUGGAAACUUUGCUUCAUAGCUGUGGUCACCAUUAACUUUCAUUUUAGUGAUGCAGGUUUGGAAGGACACAAGGGUGAGUAAAUGGUGACAGAAUUUCCAUUUUAGGUGUGAACUUACCCUUUAAACUGCUUGAUGAAUUAUUUUGAAACGACGAAAGAACAUUUGUACUACGCCCUUCAACGUACUGUAUAUCAAUCUACCCAUUUGCCUGAUUUCUUAUGUGUUUGGAGGCUGUUGUGCUGUCUUAGACAGAUAAUAUCAGAUGAAUCCCUUGAGAUGCUAGCUAGCCUGCUGAUCGUCUACAUGGUGAGAGUCUUGUUUUUCUUAGAAGGCAAGUUGUGAGAAUAAGAAAUAGGGAGCACCUUCUUUAAACAUUUUAUUCACUGUUUUGAUAGCACUACAGGAACAGGAAGUAUGUGAAAUCAUAAGUAUGAUUUAAAACAAGCCCUCCCAACAGACAAACAAACAAAAAUUCUUCUAGCCUUGUAUGUUACCUUAAGUGGACUUAAGGUAAAGGCUAAGUUUUGCAGUUAUGUUAUUCAGUCUCCCAGUGUCAUGUUGUAUUAUGUAGUAUGUAAUUCUACCAAGAGGGGGCAGUAAGUCCAUAGCAAGUCCACACUAACACCCUCAGGGUCAUAUUAGUUUGGAGUUGGUCUAUUUUGAGUGUCCUAUGUUGAUUUUUGCAAACAUAUUAUAUAAAAUAUGCUUCUUUUGACCUGCCCAAAAAUAAAUAAUUGGUCUAACAUUUAUUCAGUCCGUAGUAAGCAUCAAGUAGUCAUAGAUUAUGUCGCAUUUUUAUGCCAAAGUACACAUCACACUUUAUCUACUCGGUUUUCUUAUUUGGUUCAGUCUGGAAAUGCAAACCAGACUCUUAACACCUUUUUUUCCCCUUCUAGGUCUAUGCUUUUUGACUGUGGUUGUAUGGAUGCUUUUGAUUUGGUUUGUCCAAAUGUUGCCGUAAUGGACACCUUUUAUAACAUAGAUAUCUUACCAUAUCAGAUUCAGGAGUGAAGCUGCUUCCUUGUACCUUGUCUUUAAUGGGACGGUGCUCUGUUUUCCAAUUAAAAGUUAAACAGUGCCAACAUAAGAAAAAAUGUAAAUGAAAGGCCACCUGAUGAUAUCGUAGUGCUUUCAAAACAAAUCUGCUCAUGCUUUUUUUUUUUUUUUUGUGGGAAAUGUUUUUGCUUUUAUUCUGCUAAUGUAUUUAUGAAAGAAGUGCCAGGAUUUAUCCUUGUGGCUUGCUCCGUAUGCUCAAAUCUAUCUGUUGAAACUUUUUUUCGUUAAAUUAAGGACAUAAAAUUUAGUGGUCGCUGCGUAACUGUUAAGAGUUCAGGAUCAGAUCUAGCCAAAUGCAAAGUGUUUUGUUAUAAAGAUGGGCCGCAGGUGUACUGUAUGUGUACGUUAUACAUAUACCUACAGCUUUGUGUGCAAAUGGAUGCUUUUGUGUCAGUCUGGAAUGAUAUGUCUGUGUUUUAGAGGACUCUUUACUCAUGAGGCCCUUUAGAACAGGUUGUCGCCCCAUCCUUUCUUUCUUAAACUUAUGACACCCAUCUCCUCCCAGAAUUCAUUGCUUGCCUUUUGCCAUUUGUUUAAAGCAUUGUAAGCAUUCUGUGCUAUAAAAGUAAUUUCGUUUGUUUUUCAACUCCUAAUUUUAUGUGUAUUGUACAACAUACAGUGCAAAAAUAAUUGUGUUAUAAAAUAGCUUCAUUCCAUAUUAAAACAAAGUACAUAAACAUUUACUAUACAUAAAUUGAAAUUUCUGCAGUAAGGAAAUGCUUCUGGUGCCUUACAAAUAAAAUCAAUCAAAUCAA